AUGUCUCAUAAUGGAGAUGAAGUUGAAUAAGUGAUAAAAACUAAUAGUCAUGAGCCUCCUCAAACACGAUCAAUUAGUAAAAAAGAAAGAGGUGAUGUGGAGAGAGUUGUUUCAAAAAUCAACAACCAAAAUAGAAUUGUCAAAAAGAGAAUGAAACGAAAGCGACUUUAUUCUAAGGCAAAAAGACCAGGAAUACAUAGAAGAAUCCGUAUUCCUGCAUCUGAAUCCUUUACUCCAACUGAAGAUAGAUUAAUUCUUUCUUCUGUAUUAAAAUUAGGUCCCAAAUUCAAAGUUAUUUCCACUUACUUUCCAUAAAAAUCACUCAGUACUGUAAAGAAUAGAUACUAUAAAUUUCUCAGAUAUCGAUGGACAUAAAUAAUGGGAAAGUAAAGAUUUCAUUCAAUAUUUUAGAGAUUACGAUACAUUAUAUAAAGAAAGUCUAUUAUCAAGCACAUAAGGAGAAGAGAUAAUAGAGACAGUUUAAUUAUUUCCAGAAGUAAAAGAUAUUUUAAAGAAUAUGAUUUCAAAUAUAAAAUCUUUAAUAUUAUAAUGA